AUGACCGAACAGUGGAUGAUCAAGAUGGUGGGUCAGGCUUUGGAGGAGCUGCUCGUGGAAGCUUAUCACCAGAACUGCCUCAGAAUCGGUGUAAUUGAGUCCUACAAAUACAUGAAAGCAAACCCGCACAGAGUCGUCCUGUGCGUCCUUGCCAGCGAAAAGGAAACGGAGGGUGACAUUAUGUUACAGAUGAAUCUAAUCCAGCUAAAGGAUAUGUGCUACAAGAAGAACGUCAGCAUCAUGUGUUCGACAGACACGAGACGGCUGGCAGAGCUGGUGAACAUGGAUGACAUCAACGGCAACGAGGCCUCGCGGGACCUGCACUGCAUUCUGGUCACUGUCCCUCCAGUGAAGCCGCUUCCACGCCAGGCCCUGCAGAUCCUCAGCAGCUUCUGCGAAGAAAGCCGACGGAGGGACUCCAGCACACAGAAAAAGAUGGAGACCAUCAGCCAGACUUUGGAACAUGUAUUGCUCACAGCUCAUCAUCAGAACUGUCUGACUGUGGGAGUUUAUGAGUCUGCAAAAUUCCUGAAUGAAUACCCGGAUGGCGCGGUGCUGUGUGUGCUGGCCCUUGAUGAGGAGGAUGAAGAUGACGCUGCGCUGCAGAUUCACUUCAAACUGCUGCAGGCUUUCUGCUACAACAAUUACCUCGACAUCCUGCGAGUGACGGGAAUGAGGCGGCUCGCUCAGCUGCUAGACGAAACCAGCAACAGAAACGAAUCCCGCGACCUGCAUUGCAUCUUGGUCACUAACACUUCUGAACAGAUUCUGCAGUGCGAGGCUCUUCAGCAGGUCGCCAGGUUCUGCGAGGAGAGCCGCCACAGGUACGAGUGUCUCCCCCACCUUGAGCUGCAGGACCGCUGA